GUACCACCAUUACACACUACCUUACCAAGUGCAUGCGUGUGCAUAACUUGUCCAUGUGUGAGUGCGCGCAGCGUAGUCAGGCAUAGUGCAUAAUACAUGUGCGCGCAUACGCACCGGGCAUAAGCUGGCGAGCAGAAGGACUUGCUCGGCACGACGGCGACUCCGAUCGGUCUGGUACUCCUGCUGGGCCGCACGCCUAGGGAGGAGGCAUAACAGCGGGCAGCGGCAGAGCGAGCGACCACGCUUCCACCCUGUGCCGAGCAUAACAUACAUACAGAUUCAACAAGACAGCAUCGCAUUCCGAGCCGAAUAAACGGUUCGAUAAAAACGUAAGAAGCGUAGAGCCCAAUUGCCAUGUCGGGAAGUGACAGCCCAACAUUUUUUCACGGUCAGCCAUGGUCCAGUUGGAUAGAAAAAAUUGGGAGGGAUAAACCGUUGAGUGACGAUGAAACUGAAGACGAACCACGAAGCUCGGUAAUGCGCCUUGCUGCGGAAGAUAUCGAUCUCUAUGGUUUUUGUCCAGAAAGGGAUGCGUUUUACGGAGUGGUGUGCGAAAUUUGUAACGCGAUCGUUAAACCACAAGCCCUGAUACAGCAUAUGGAAAUACGACAUCCAUCUGGUACAGUGAACCUGCCGCCGCCUGCGAACCCGAUAGUAAAACCGAUAGCCAAAACAGCCUACUGCAAAGUAUCGAAGUUGAAGAAGACCCAGACGUCGCAGCUCCCGUCUAGCAGUAAAACGAACAAUACUACGUCGAACAAACGUACGGCGGAACAAGCGAACCUCCAACCACAAUUACCUCUAACGUCGCCACGAUCGCCGCUCGAAAACAUUCCGAUACAGAUAACAAACAGCGGCUCGACGGUCGGCUCGAGCCCGGUCAAAAGCCCGGGCAGCGGGAACCACCAACGUCGGAAAAAGCCGAAACCUGAACGCUCGCUGCUCAAGGACCGGGAGUAUGACCCGGACCGGCACUGCGGUGUCUGGAACGAUGAGACGGGGAAGCCCUGCACUCGCUCCCUCACCUGCAAGGCACACACGGUCUCGUUGCGGAGAACGGUCGCGGGGAGAAGUAAAACCUUCGACAAACUCCUCGCCGAGCACCGGGCCGCGAAGGAGUUCCCGCCGGCGAGGAGUUCGACGAAAGUGACUCUGACGGGAACGGUGACCAUGACCUCGACGUCCGCGUCUUCGUCCUCGUCCUCGUCGUCGAGCGCUGGUCAGAGCUUGAACGCGAUUGUGAUCGGUGCCGUGCAGACGAACACGGCCACUGAUUCGGGGACGCCGAGUUCGCCGCCGGUUCUCUCUCUGCCCGAUGCUUACCCCUUGCCAAAGACCAAGCUCGAGGAGGACUUCGCCAACCAAGAACUGAGCCUGGAGUCCUCGAUGGUCAAUUCGGGCGGCAUACCGGGCUCGAUAACCGGGCCCAUAUCGGUUCUGCUCCCGUCCUUGUCGCCGGCUACCGCUAAGAACGGAGAACCUUCGAUCGCCACUCUCGUACCUGCAGCCUGCACCGUUUCACCGGCGCCUUCGAUCGUCCCGGCCUCUCUGCCGACGGCGCAGCCGCUGAUAUCGAACAUCCUGGAGGCGGAAACUCCGGUGGAAUUGGACUCCGAAAGCAUAACGAUAUACUCGCCGAUUUCCGGUUACAAGGACUCCGGGAAGUCCCAGAUAAUCGUCCAGAUCCCGCCAUCGACCAUCAGCACUGCUCUGCAUUCCCCUAUCAGUAAAUCCUACACCGCCCAGGCGUCGAUGCCGUGUUUGAGCAUAUUCGAAAACUCGGUGCCAACGGCGACGGCGGCAACGUCCUCGGCGUCGGUGUCGGCGAGCCAAAUGAGCAACGGAAAACGGAACAACAACCACAUGGGUGGCUCGACAACCAGACCGUUGAAGCGGAGUAAACACGAUUUUUCGCAAGAGUAUUCGACCGCCAUUCAAGUGGAGGCGACGACCACGUCGACACCUUACCCUCACUUCGGGGACAUAUCUUGGUCCAACUGCCACCCUGAGCCGUUAGCAGUUAGUCGUUGGCUCCGCAUCACGUCCAACCGUAAACAAUACAACUUCAACAUUCACUGACACAAAACUCUACCUACUCCAGGCUAAAGGUUUUGCACGCGUCUCGUUUACCGAACUACCUCUUAAAUAUUUCGAAUUAUUUCCCAAAAUUCUUAUGGGUUAAUUAUUUUAAUAUUUUUUUUUUCUCCUCCCCCAAGUUUACGCCGAAUUUCAACCGUUCGAAAAGAGGCUAAAAGAUAUUCGGCGGCGAAAAGUAACGCGGAAUAAAUUUAUCUGUCUUUCAUUUUUCAGAAAUUCAAAUAUUUUUCUCCCGUUUCUUUUUUUUUUUUUUAUCUUUUCUUUCUAUUUUAAUAACUUUCCUUCAACUUUUUCUCCCCAACUUUCUUUUCUGCAAGUCGGUUUACCGGUUUACUGUACAGUUCGCAAACAGCAGUUUGGUUCAGUUCACCGAAAGGUGGGAUACCGGGAUCUGUUCGAAGCUGCAGUAAUUUUUUUUUUUUUUUUUUUUUGUAAUAUAUAAUUAGAAAAAACGAAA